UUGCUGAAAUUGAAUAAGAACAUUAUUUCAAGGGCAUGCUUUAAAUGCUUAUAAGUAACUCUUUAGACAAAGGAUGUCUUUAUAUGUCCUUGAAAUAGGCCAGAUCAUUUUAUACCUUUUGUCAUGUAGCCAUUCACUAAAUUGGAUAUUAUGGUGAGAUGAUAGUGAAUAUGUCUUAAAUAUUCACAACAAUCUUUUCUAAUAGGAAGAAUGUUGUUGCUAUUUCAGCAAACUUUCUUUGCCCCUCCUAAUUUUUCUGUUUGCUUCUUGUACAAGCUUAGCCAGCAUAAAAAACACAAGUUAAUGCAUUAGAGCAGAACCUUUUCUGGACCAAGUGCCCAAAGCGCGCACACGCACCUGAACCCCCAAAAUGCAAUGCACACGUGGCCCCCAUGCAUGUACCCCACCCCCAGCGCAUGCCUGUGUGCCCCUUGCACGCGCUCUGCCCUGUGCAUGUGUGCGCUCCCCCACAGCCUGCCCCCCUGCACAUGCACACAUGGCCCCCCACAAUGCCCUGCCCCCCACGCAUGCAUGGCAGAGACCCGAAGACCAGCUGGCCAGCAGGAGGUGUGCGCGCAUGCACAGCAAAGCUGAACUGGAGCAAUGACUCCUGUGCCACCAGAUAGAACGCUGCAUGCUACCUCUGGCAUGCGUGCCAUAGGUUUGUCAUCACGGCAUUAGAGCAUUCUGAGUAUGUCAUAUUAGCAUUAUAAUCUAUUGAUAGUAGAAUUUUGUAACAGACCUGUUCCUGUUCAUAUUAACACGAUUACAGUGUUCCUGUAAUAUAUUUUGAUAAUAGAAUGGCUCUGCUUAUCUUCUGUUUUUCAUAUUGUUGCUUAGAGCUUGGUGUUCUGUCCUAUUUAAUAUCUACAUGAAAUAAUUGGGUGAUGCAAUUCUAUGAUUUGGGGUGAGAUACCAUCAAUAUGCAGAUGAUACCCAGCUAUAUAUCUCCAUACCAGAUCUGCUGGGUGAUGUCAUGAAUAUCCUAUCCCAGUGUCUAGAGGCUAUAGGGCCCUGAAUGUGGGACAAUUGUCUCCAAUUCAGUCCAAGCAAAAUGGAGUAGCCUUGGGUAUUUAUUCCUCCUGAGAACAAGAUUUUUCCAUAGGGAUGGGUACCAUAUUGGAUGGGAUAGCAUUGCCCCAGAAGACCUGGUGAGGUCUUCUUGGACUUGUUCCUGCUUGAAGAGCAAGUGGCAGCUGUGACUAGGUCUUUCAUAAGACUCUUAAGAUCUAGCUGUGUGCGCAAACCUGAGAUCCUGAAAGUAUUAAGAGCCUGGCCACCCUUAAUUUAACAAAAAAAAACUUUUAUGUUAAUAUAUAUAUUGUUUGGAGUCAGGUGUGGCUAGCCCUAUAGUAAUUGGAAUGAGCAAAUAUUACAUAGCCACAUACUUUGAUCAUAUAAAUUAUGUCAUAUUUCCUGAUGCUUUAUAAUAGAAUUCUUAAUAAAACAAAAAUCUUUUUUGAGCCCAUGGCCUAUCUUCAGUUCAUGGCAUUUUUAGAAGAAAAGGAAUUCUGUAUAUCACAUCUCUUGACAGGUGCUAACUCUCAUUGGGAAAUGAUUAUCUAGAAGUCCUCCUAGUGUAUCUUUUAAAAUCAGAGCAGGGAAUCCUAUUCUAAACCUAUUCUAGUUUCUAAUCCUAUUGAAAUCUAUUAUAAAGCAUGUUACAAUUCAGCAAAAAUUGGGAGGGCCAUAAGUUUCAUAUGUUACGAGAGCUAGUUUGGUCUAAUGGUUAAGACACAGGAGACUAUCAGUUCUAGUCUCAUCUUAGACAUAAUUAAGAAGACUUUAGCUAGUCAUUGUCUUAUACCCCACAUUGUCAGGUUUGGAUGAAAACUGAUUAGUCAAUUCCUAUACAAUCAAUGAACGAAUAGUUGGUUGAUCCUAAAACAGCAGAUUCUGUACUUGUGGGAAAAUGCAAAGAGGUAGAGAGAAGAUUAUUUCCAUAUCCUCGUUACAGGAAAAUCUUCUGUUGCUCACUGGAAAGAUAUUGUUAACAGUUGAGAGAGGAAAAUCAGGAGGAGUCUGAUAAUUACUUUUCAGAUUUAACAAAUUUCAUUAAAACGCCUAAACUUUUGUUAGCUAUAACUUCUUUUUUCAGAUACAUGGAACAGUUAAAUUGAUAAAGGAUUUAAUUGGUAUGAGGCAAGAGGGAAGGAAUGGGAAGACAAGGUUAUACAGAUGCAGGUUAAAGACUUGUUUUCCACUGAGGAUCAACUGUACAUUUCCAGACCAGCUUUGUUUUGACCUAGUUCCAUUUGGGGUGGCGGAUAUGGAUUACUUUCAUCUAGAUUCUCUUGCAAAGCAGUAUUGAGCCAGACUGGAUUGGACCUUCUAUGUGGAAACAUCAGACAAGUACCUACCAAUGUAUUCUCAAAAUUAAUUGAAUUGUUAAAAGACAAUCAUCAUGGGAGGAGCUGUGAGUGCAGGCGAAGAUAAUGAUGAUUUAAUUGAUAACUUGAAAGAAGCACAAUAUAUUCGCACUGAGCGAGUAGAACAAGCCUUCAGAGCUAUUGAUCGUGGUGAUUACUAUCUGGAAGGCUAUAGAGACAAUGCAUAUAAAGACUUGGCUUGGAAGCAUGGAAAUAUACAUUUAUCGGCACCAUGCAUUUAUUCUGAAGUCAUGGAAGCAUUAAAGCUUCAGCCUGGAUUGUCUUUUCUUAAUCUGGGUAGUGGAACCGGAUAUUUAAGUACAAUGGUGGGAUUAAUAUUAGGCCCUUUUGGAAUAAAUCAUGGAAUAGAACUUCAUCCUGAUGUGGUGGAGUAUGCUAAGGAAAAACUGGAGAGCUUCAUAAAAUGCAGCGAUAGCUUUGAUAAAUUUGAAUUUUGUGAACCUGCAUUUGCAGUUGGAAAUUGCUUGCAGAUAGCUUCAGACAGUCAUCAGUAUGACCGGAUUUAUUGUGGAGCAGGUGUGCAAAAAGACCACGAAAACUACAUGAAAAUUUUAUUGAAAAUUGGAGGGAUUUUGGUUAUGCCUAUAGAAGAUCAGCUAACCCAGAUCCUGAGAACUGGACAGAAUACUUGGGAAAGCAAAAACAUCCUUGCUGUAUCAUUUGCUCCACUUGUACAGCCAAGCAAAAGUGACACCAGCAAAAACGAUAGUGUGGGGCUGCCUCCCUGUGCUGUUAGGAAUCUACAGGAUUUGGCUCGGAUCUACAUUAGACGCACCCUUAGAAACUAUGUAAAUGAUGAAAUGCAAACCAAAGGUAUUACACAGAAACCUCCACCAAAACGUAAACGCAGAAGGUGUCGUAGACGCAGGAUUAAUACCUAUGUUUUUGUUGGCAAUCAACUCAUUCCUCAACCUUUGGAUAGUGAAGAAGAUGAAAAGAUGGAGGAAGACCACAAAGAAGAUGAUGAAAAAGAUCAAAAUGAAGUCUUGAAAACAGAGGAACCUCCACCAAAUUUAUUGCGGGAAAAGAUUAUGAAUCUACCACUCCCUGAAUCUCUAAAAGCCUACUUGACAUACUACAGAGAAAAAUAACCUUUGCUUUUAAGUAAAAUAAUAAUGCCUACUUGAUAUUUUCUUAAUCCUUGAAAUGUAGCAUUUACUUAAGUACAGUAAUCUUUCAACAAGGCUUUAGAGCUGUGAUGAAUCGAAACAUAACUUGCUACAAGGACUUGGAUUCAGCAGUAGUUUCCUAUUUUAAAUCCUAUUUUGUUGCCUUUUCUCCCCCCCCCCCAGGUUAUAUUGUUUUAACUUGACUAGAAAUGGGUUUCACACCAGUAUAUAGCAUUAAUUAAGAGUUUGCAUGAUAAAUCUUUUUGUUCCCUGACAAAUUUGUAUUGAUGAGAAUUAAUAACAUUUUUAUAUAAGUGAAUAAAAGUGUAUUCAGAUAACAAUAAGGAUGGUCUGCAUUCUCUUAAGAAAGUUUUUAAACAAGCAGACAUUUUUCAUGUCACUGAAUUGGAACAUUUUAUUUUACCAUGGUUAUAUUGCAAAUCAUUGUUACUGUGUUGAAGUAAGUGUGUUCAAAGGAAUACAGAAGUGCAAUAGCAGUGGACAUUGAAUGAGCUAGCUUUAGUGUAAUAUAUGCAUUCAAAUUUAGAAAUGACAGAUAAUUUUCUUUUAUAUAUCUUGCCAAAAAAUGUCAAGAAAAAUGAUUGCUUCUCUGUCUCUUUCUCUCUCUCUGAGCCUUAAAGAACAUACUGACUAUAGCAUUUCUAAAAAAUCUUUUCUUUAACACCAGCCAAUGAUUGAUUUCUUAACUUUCCAGCAUUUAUGAAAAAGUAUGUAACUUAUUUUUAAAUUUAAUGGUACAGAAAACAUCUUUCAUUUAUAAAAGAUUGUAAUUUCAGCUACUAUAUUUACGCCUUUAUAGAAUAGAACAUAUGAAAACAAUCUUGUAUUGCUUUUUUGCAUAGCAGUAAUAAUAGAAUUCAAGGAUUUGUUCAGCAAUGCACUUUAACUGAUUCUGUACCUUAUUUAUUGCAGAUAAGGGAAGAUGCAUUUCAUUUUUACGCUUGAUAUUAGUUUUCCUCUUUGCAAGCUUGGGGACUCAUGUUGCUUGACUAUAAUAUUCCAACUGCAUUUUUAUUGAAUAUUUAAAGGGGUAAUUUUUUAGAGCAUCUUUCUACUAGCUUUAAGUGAAUGAAAGAAACUUCAAAAUAUGCUUUAAGACUUAUAAUUUUUGAGGACACCUAAUCUCUGGGGCCAAUUAAAAGCAUUCCUUAUGGAGAGGAUUCCUAUACAGUUUAUUAUUGUAGAUACAUAAAGCAGAUUCAGUAGAUGACUGCUAUAUUAUAUGUUCUCACAUUCAGAAUUAAUAGAAAUCAACCAUUUCAUCUACAUAAUUCAAAAAGUCUUUUUACUCGUGUCCACUUUAUAGUAUUAUAAAAAUUUUGAGCAGUCUGUGAAAUACAUGGGCUUUUUCUUUUAAAUACAGAAUAAUGUCCUCCUCCCCUGCAAUUAUCAAAUUAAAUUCUACUGGGGGUUAUAAUGUAGAGUGGUUUUCAGAAAAGUAACACUAACAAAUAACAUAUAUUACUAGAAAAGUAUGCCAGUCUUAUAUCACAGCAACAGAAACUGACAAAUGGCAGGCUUAUAUAGUGAAACUACUGCAGUAAUUCUGAACAUUCGGUGGUGGAAAGCAUUGACACAUCCAGUGUAUUUUAUUAGCUGAAAUAAAGUUUAAGAUAUUUUGAAAAACAAUUAUCUUCUAGUGUUGGUUUUUCAUACUUUCUCAAUUUUCAGAGUGCAAAGGUUUUCCCAGAAAUUUAUAUAAAUUGUUUCUUGAAGAAUGAUUUCUUGUGUUUCCUAUUGUAAACUUGUUCAGAUAAUAGAAGAGUUAUAAAUAUUAUGUUGUUUUUUUUUAGUUACUGAAGCAUUUUUUGUUUGUGUAUAAGUUUACUUCACAUUUUUGGAUUUGUAUUUUAAAAUAAAAUAAUAAAAUUCAGACUCAAUCGAA